AAGGGACUCCUAGCGGGAAGGGAAGUAUUAGCUGCGGAUCGCGAAGGGUUGGAUUUUGCAUUGCUUCCCCAAAAAGUUGCGCUUGUAUUUUUAAUGUUAUCCAAUGCUAAUGGGGCUGUUUUUAACACUCGAGCGAGUGUGUGGAGAUCCCACGAUAAGGCUUGGCAGGAUGCUGGACUUGUUCUUUCAACCACAAGUAAUGAGGCCUGUCAAAUGUAUGAUGCUACCCUGGCUCAGUAUGUGACCUGGACGAAUGAUAAAAGCCUAGGGGGCAUUGAAGGAUCUCUCUCAAAACUACAGGCAGCUGAUCCUAUGUUUUCAAUGGGUCAUGUGAUUGCUAAUGGUUUGGUUCUGAUCGGUACUGGGAGUUCAGUGCGGCUAGACAGAAAACUAGAUAAUGCAAUAAAGAAAAUGGUGGCACUGUCACAGUCUCAACCAUUGACUGAACGGGAGAAGUUACAUGUGUCUGCAUUGGAGCUCUUUGCUAAUGGGCAGCUCCCAAAAGCUUGUGAUACCUGGGAUCAAAUUUUACAGAACCACCCAACUGACUUGUUAGCCCUCAAAUUUGCACAUGAUACUUAUUUUUACUUGGGACAUCAAACACAGAUGAGGGACUCUAUUGCCCGAGUCUAUCCUCACUGGACACCAGAUAUUCCUCUUAGUAGUUACUUAAAAGGCAUGUACUCCUUUGGACUGAUGGAAACCAAUUUCUUUGAUCGUGCUGAGAAGCUUGCCUAUGAGGCUUUAGCUAUCAACCAGACAGAUGCAUGGUCUGUCCACACUAUAGCUCAUGUGAAUGAAAUGAAAGCAGAUCUGAAGAGUGGGCUGUCGUUUAUGAAGCAAACUGAAAAUAACUGGAAGGACAGUGAUAUGCUUGCUUGCCAUAACUACUGGCACUGGGCUUUGUAUUUUAUUGAAAAGGGCGACUAUGAGGCUGCUUUGACAAUUUAUGACACUCAUAUUGCUCCAAGAUGCCAGUUGAGUGGGACAAUGCUGGAUGUUGUUGACAAUUGCUCCAUGCUGUAUCGGCUGCAGUUAGAAGGUUUGAAAGUCGGUGACAGGUGGAAAGCAGUGAACCAGCUGACCAAGAAGCAUGCCAGAGAUCACGUCCUGAUUUUCAAUGAUGCUCAUAUUCUGAUGUCUUCAUUAGGGGCCCAGGACCACAACACUACUCAUGAUCUCUUAACAACUCUUGAGGAACUGGCCCAAGCACCUGAUGAAGACCAUGAGCUAAACUUGGUUCCAAAAUUAGGACUGCCUCUUUUGCAAGCAUUUAUAGAGUUUGAGAAUGGCAAUUACGACAAGGCAGUGGAAUUGCUGUAUCCCAUUCGCUACCAACUUGUUGAAAUUGGAGGGAGUAAUGCUCAAAGAGAUAUUUUUGCCCAGUUCCUGAUUCACGCUGCUUUAAACUGUAACUCUAAAGCCAACCAAAAACUUGCUAGGUGCCUCCUCAUAGAACGUGAUGAACUCAGACCAAAUUCACCGUUGACUGAGCGACUGAUGCGGAAGACCACAGCCCUUCAUGCCCUGGGAUAAAUCUUAGAAGAGUUUUGUUGGUCAACAAGUUUCUCUUCAGCAUUAUUAGUCAGCAACGUCCUUAUUAUAGCAAGAAGCAAACCACAUUGAGGAGAUAUAAUCUUGCAUAAAUCCUAAAUGGCCAAGCCCUUUGGAAAUGUGCACCUACAGAGAUUCAGCUUUCUUUUUUUGUACCACUUUGUUCUGUUUGCAUGUUUUGAGUUCUAAAGGAAGUUGCUUCUAUACCUAUUUGAAGGAAGCAAAAGGGAGGUAUGAGCAGGUAGCUAGAGGAAGAUUGUCUUAUAAGAUUUGUGCAGUUCUCAGAAUAGCAGUGAUUAUUUAAUGAUGGGAUGAAUAGAGCUGGGCAAGGUGACGUUGCAUAGCUAUGUAGAAUAUAUGGCCACAAUUGAUUGAGAAAACUAAUGCAAAAUACUGGGAAAAUGAAUGUGUUGUGUACAUGUCCUGUGAGCCUCAAAAACUAUUGUUUUGAUGCAGUUUAUGGUUUGGGGAUUACAGAUCUACAUUAAAUUGCAACUUUUUAAAAAUUAAAA